GCUAAAACUCUGAAAUUGUACUAAUUGGAUUUCUUGCUGAACCAAUAGCACUACCGAACGAAAUGAAUUCCGCUAUGAAAAUAUUUAUGAUGGUCUUUGUCGUGGCUGUUAUCAGCAUCUGCUGUUGCGAAGCACAGGCUCCCAGGAUUAAUAGAAAUAGUGGAGAUGGUUCUCGUUAUCAAGGAUAUGAUUCAGGACGUGGACCUAGAAAUCAAGGAAACCAAGGAGGAGAUACUUCUCAAAGAAGUGGACAAGACGGAUUUAAUGUCAAUUUUGGAUCUGGUGACCUAAAUAAUGGACAAAGAAACCAAGGAUCACAAGCUGGUCGACAGGGAAAUCGUAAUGGUGAUUACGGCUGGUGAUAUCACCAGGUGCUUGUCUGUGAAUUAAAAAAACAGUAUUUCCAUUAAAAUCGAACAUUUGUUUUAAUUUCCAAAAAGUAAAGUAUUAUUGAGCA